AUGAUGAUGAUGCACCGUGUGAUGUGUGUGUUGGCCGUUGUGCUGUGCUGUGCCUGCGGGUAUACCAUGACGGCUGCUGCUGACUCGGAAUGGGAUGAUUUUCCUGUAAUUACAGCCGCUGACCGUGAAAAUGCUGAGAACUACCGGAAAUGUGCGAAGAAUUAUUCUGUUGUUAUUGAAAAUAAAACUUGUGCGCAAUUAGGAUUCGCUCCGAAGGCUGAAAAAACACCUCAAACAUCAAUUCCCAACGAAGAUGAAGCGGAGGCACGUCCCACCAUUGGAGGAAGUAGUGGUGACACUGAACAGCAAGCUGCAGAGGGAAUUGAUCGACAAGGCCAACAACAAGGAUCGAAUCCAACAAGAACAGAAAAUGAUGCGGGAGAACGUGAACCGGAACCAACAGAAUCAUCGAAAAGACCUCAAAACGUUGAGGUGCCACAAGGUGAUCAAGGAACACCGAGCAGCACAUCUGAUAACAGUACAUCUGCCGACUCUAAUGCCACCCAGCAAUCAUCUCCUGCAACUGUUAAUGCGACUGCCGCACUAGAUUCAGAAGAAACCAAUUCCACUACUAUGCCGAGUCCCGCGGGCAAUGUCAGUGAAGCACCAACCACCACUCCAUCACCAUCUCCUGUUCCAAACGCAGAGAUCAACACCAUCGCCUCCGCUGUACAGAAGAAUAAGGGUAAUGUUGACAGCAGUAUCAGUCCUGUGUGGAUUGGCACUGCUGCACCGCUGCUGAUUGUGGUUGUGUUCUUCUCCGCUACUGUGUACUGA